AUCAUUUUUAUCAAUUACCUCCCAAGCUAAAAUCUCUUAGCAUGGCAAAUAAGAAAAUAUAUCUUCCUUAUAUAGGUAAUUUUUUCGGAUUCAGACCAAAUAACUCAUUAACACAUUUGCAUGUUCAAGGAAAUCUGAUCUAUAACAUACAGGAAUUUAGUGGACUUCGACAUCUAGAAUAUCUUGAUCUGUCAAAUAACUUCUGCUUCAACAUUACCAAACAGGCAUUUCAAGAUAUGCCCGGCUUGUUAUUUCUGAAUUUAUCCAAAAACCUUUUAGGAAAGGAAUUGCAGCGUCGAAAUAGAGAGCAUGUAUUUGACCCACUCCAUAAAUUAAAGGUACUGGAUCUGUCAUUUAACUGGAUAACUGUCUUGCAUAAAGAUUUAUUUGCCUCUUUGUCAAACAUAGAACAUAUAGACUUGAGUAAUAGUGAAAUAGAGAGUGUCACCUUUGACCUGUCAAUUGCCUUAAGAUUGCGGGAACAAAUGAACAACUCAAUAAAUGCCAACUUCCUGGUUGGAACACAAAGGAUACAGAAAUUCAACCCCUACGAAGGAUCGACAAAUAUUAUAUUAAGGAGAAUGAGUCCCGUUGCAACUCUAUUCUUCUACAUCCUUUUAACAUUUUUGAGUCAGUCACUACAACUAAGCUGCUCUUCCGACCCAAAUUGUAGAUGUUAUUACGAAAGAGGGAUGCUGAGCGUGGAUUGCAGCUCGCUAAACCUGACUCACUCUCCGAAAUUCCAACAAAAUGUUACAUGCAUAUAUCUUAACAACAAUGAUCUUACGGAAAUACCUACUGAUAUGCCUCAAGCGAUCGUGCGGCUAGAUAUAAGCGAUAAUAAUAUCCGAUGUCCGAAAAAGGCAAGUCUGUCAAGAUACAAACAGCUAAGAUGGCUAAAUAUUGAAGAAAAUUGCUUAUGGCAGCGAUAUAAAAAAUGGCCGUCACGCUUUUUUGAGAACCUUAGAAAACUUGAUACUCUGCUCAUGAAGGAUAAUUGUUCAAAAAUCCCUGAAAGUGAGAUCAAGGAGAUGAAAUACUCCAAUGAGAGCUUUUACGGACUUUCGUCAUUGAGGCAUAUCGAGGUAAAUGGAUUAGGUGGCCAUAACUUUGAGGACGCGUUUGAACAAAAUAAUUCGAUUGAAAUACUUGUACUUGCGCUACAUGGUGGUCUCUGUGUUCUGAAUAGCAUCGAGAAUGACACAUUCAAUGUAUUCCGAAAAUUAAAACAUUUACAAUUAUCUUCUUGUAAUAUCAAAUACAUAGAGAAGGGAGCCUUUGAGCAGUUGAUCGAUCUGGAAUUUCUGGAUAUUUCAACUAACCAAGACCUAACAUUAUCUGUGUUAUCCAAUAUUUCUCAUGAUCUACAAUAUUCAAAAAUCAACACGCUUAUCGCAGAUAGGAUUCAGUGUGCGAACGGAGUUUCGCUGAUAUUAAGAAUAAAUCAUAUCAAAUAUCUUAGAAAUACUUCUCUGAAGAAGUUGUCUUUGAGAAGUAAUAGAAUAGGAAUAAUUGAACAUAUGCUUGUAAGUUUCCUUCCUAACACAUUAAAGUAUGUUAAUAUCAGUGACAACCCGCUGAUUUUUGGGGUUUAUAUAUAUGAAGGCGACUUUUUAUCAAACUUGGAAAGGUUAGACAUUGACCAUUCAAUCGAAGAGCCUAUCCAUGAGACAGGAUGUGAGUAUAAUUCUAAUAGUUGUGAUACUAAAGAGGAAGAAAUUACGCCUGUGAAGGGUACGAAAUAUAACGUGACUCCAACUUUCUUUUCUUAUCAAUUACCCCCGAAGCUAAAAUUCCUUAGCAUUGCUAAUCAAAAAGUGUAUAUUCCAUUAGUAGAUAACAGGUACGGUAUAACAUCUAAGAACUCAUUAACACAUGUACAUAUUCAGGGAAAUCUGAUAUAUGAUAUUCAACAUUUUAGUGGACUUUGGCGUCUAGAAUAUCUUGAUCUCUCAAAUAAUUUCUGCUUCAACAUUACGAAACAGUCAUUUCAGGGGAUGGGAAACCUGUUAUUCCUGAACUUAUCAAGAAAUCUUUUAGGAAAGGAAUUAAAGCGUCAAUCUGGGGAACAUGUCUUUGAUCACCUCCGUGGUUUGAAGGUUCUGGAUCUGUCCUUCAACUGGAUAACCUACUUGCAUAAAGAUUUGUUUAUAUUUGCGUCAAAUAUUGAGCACUUAAACUUAAGUAAUAAUGAUUUAGAAAGUGUCACAUUUGAUUUAUCAGGUGCCCUUAAAUUGCGUAGCAUAGAUUUAUCUUCUAAUAAAAUUGUGAUUUUGGAUUCGAAAUCAAUGGACUUCUUAGAUGCUUCGAGAGAGAAACAACUCUUUAUCCAGAUGUCAAGCAAUCCAUUUCAAUGUACAUGCCAAAGCAGGGAAUUCUUAAAAUGGAUGAAGGACUCUUUAAAUAAACACUUUGUUGACAAAGAUAAUUAUACUUGCAUGUUCACAGAGAGAAAAAGGAUUCAUUUGCGCAAUUUGGACAAAAUACUUUCUUCUUUAGAGCUUGAAUGUGCGUCGUUUACAACUACAAUAAUUGUAGUUACCAUUAUUUUACUGGUCACAAUUAUUCUUGUAUCCUUUGCAAUAGUGUAUAGGUAUAGAUGGAAACUACGAUACUUGUAUUACGCUGGUAAAAGAAAUUAUAGUGGAUAUUCAAGGAUCUUUAAUUCAGGUAGACAGUAUCAAUUUGAUGCUUUCAUUUCUUAUGCUGAAAGUGAAAGAGCAGAGUUUAUACCAAACCUUUUGAAGCUUGAAAGAGAAAACAAUUUUAAAUUUUGCAUUCACAGUCGUGACUUUAUCGUUGGUGUUAACGUAGCAGAAAACAUUACCAAUGCUAUUCACAAUAGCAAACGUACUGUCUGUUUUCUGAGUAAAGCUUUCUUAGAAUCUGAAUUUUGUAUAUACGAAGCCCAGAUGGCUCGAAUGGAAAGUAUUUAUAGAGGAGGGGAAACAACUUUAAUAAUUAUUCUUGUAGACAAAGAUCUUGGAGCUGUCCUGCCGAAAUUUCUAAAGGAUAUCAUAAUAGAACAGACAUAUUUGGAGUAUGAUAAAGAUAUUCAAGAAGAGUUCUGGAUUGCUUUGACUCAGGGACUAAAAGAUAUGUAACACAAAGCCUAAACUAUUAAAAUAAUUAGUAUUAUUAUAUACCCAACUUUGUAUCUCUGCUAUAAUAAUGUGUGUUUAUGUUUAAUGCAUUUGAUUUUUUUGCUAAUGACUAAUGAGUAUUUUUCAGGAAAUGCCUCAUUUUUCAAUUAUUUUCAAUAUUUUCUUUAUCAAUAAAAUUUCACAAGUAAGAAAACUCUAGAGAUAAUGCAAUAGAAUAGAAUUUGGG